AAAAAUUUCCAAAUGCUAAAAUAGUAACUUUAAACAGUAAUCACGGUUUAGGCAACGUCAUGGCAAACCGAAAUCGAUCGUCCAGAAUUCAGUUUAUGGCAGGCGCAAAACAGUUUCGCUCAAAAAUGGCUGCUGCAGUCGAUAGUCUGGAUUAUUACCUCACAUUCCCGAAUCCAAACUUCAACUAUAACCAGAACAGUGCGGAAUCCGACUAUGUGUUCGUGGUUAACGAGAAGAAAGUGCCCAUUAUCCUGCUCUUCGGAUGGGCUGGAUGCAAGGAUAAGUACCUGGCAAAGUACUCACAAAUUUACGAAGAAAAAGGGUUGAUAACUCUCCGCUACACUGCGCCAGUGAAAUGGCUCUUCAUGAAGAGACACCAAAUGGUCUCAAUCGGGCAGAAGCUAGUAAAACUGCUUUUCGAGCUGAACUUCGAAAAUCACCCAAUUAUAGUGCAUUGCUUUUCAAAUGGUGGAGCGUUCCUGUACCAGAAUUUCUCAUAUGCCAUCGAAAAACAUGACAAAUCCUUAGAGCUUCAAGGGGUGGUUUUUGACUCCGCCCCAGGCAGGAGAAGAGUGACAAGCCUGUUUCGAGCUCUAACAGCCAUAGUGGAAGGCAAUUUUUUGUACAACUUUUCCCUGUCGUUUUUCAUGACAAUGUUUUUAUCGGCAGUUUGGCUUUAUGAGGUUAUCACCAACCAGAUUUUCUCCAGAGAUAAUGAACACGCAAACAAUCCGUUCGAGAAUCUGAAAAAGGAGCGGAACCGAUGUCCUCAAUUGUUCAUCUACUCCAAAAAUGAUGAUCUAAUACCACAUACAGAUGUGGAAUGUUUUGCAGCCUAUCGAAAAAAAUUAGGCGUGGACGUAACAACAAUUUGCUACGAAAAUAGUUUACACGUGAAACAUUUGCCGGAAAACCGCGAGAGUUACGUAACUGGAGUGUUCCAAUUUGUGAAUAAAUGCCUGAACGGUAUAAACAACAUCAAUUAACUUUUGAAGGAAUUGCGCCCUGAAUUUUGCCAGAGUAACUUUCAUUGCAAAUAGUAACUCAAAAUUAUAAAAGUAUGUUGGUUUAGAUCAGCAAUGCACAAUAUUAAUUUACAUUCGAAAUAUCGGUUGAGAAGUUUUCUCCGGGCUUAUAAGUCUUGGAGAUGUCCAACGCAAAUGUGAACGAGACACCAGAAAAACACUCCAAUCGCCACUGCUUGUCAGGCCCGAAAACUGCUCAAUCGAGUGCGAUUUUGAGCAUCAUUUCCUUUAAAUCCUGUAUGAAACUGAUGCAAUGUGUACAUAAAAGUUAAACUUAUUCUAUUGAGCCCUAAAUCUUAUUAAAAAGAUAAGUAUUUUUAAGUAGCACAAACUAUCGUUAUUGUAUGUAUCUACACAAGUAUAACCGUUGCGAAUAUAGAAAAAUAUCGCUAUUUAAACGACACAGCAACUUUACCCAGCAGCAGUUCAUUUUAUCAGGACUGUAAGUAAGUAUAUUUUUGUUGAUUGGCUUCUGUGAUAGUUAAUCUUUGGAUAAGGUAAAAUGAAUUUACGUUAAAAUUUGGAUUGUGAUACUGAUAUUUAAAUGAAGAAAGAUUAUUUAAGUAAUGUAGAAAACUACUUGCUAAUAUAAAGAUUAAUUAGAUUUUUCUA